AUCUAGAAUUACAACAGUACACAGUGAUGUUUGUUACAUCUAUAGCUGGACUCAGUGAGACAACUGGAAAAUGUUCUUUUUAUUUAACCUUGUUAACCGUAUCUUGUACAAUUCAGACAAAAGCAGGGCCUAUUUUGGUUGCCAUAAAUCCCUUCAAGAAAGUUUCUCUGUAGAAUUAAAAGGGCCUGUUUUGUUUUACUUUUUGACUACAUUAAGACAAUAUUCUCUAUCUUUAACCUGUGCACUAUAAUUCAAUUCAGUUAUUUUUAAUGGAAAUAUAAUUAUGUUAAUUGUGAACAAAUUUGCUGUAUGUUUUGCGUAUUUUGAUGAUUAAUUACAUUUAGUUGGUGAUAUUUUAUGUAUGGUUUUAAAUUUGAAAGAUAUUUUUAUGAUGUUUAUUUAUAAUUUAUUUAUUAUUUUAUUAAAAACAGUUUUUCGGUUGAAUCAUGGUUAGACUGGUUGGACCAGUAAACUAGUGAACCAAUGACUAGAUCGGUUCGAUGACCGGUUCGGUUUUCAGAACCUUGCUUAGAAGGCUACCUCAACCGGGUCUGGGCCCUAUAUCGGAUCACCUGGACCGACCCGGUCAGGAUGCAUAGUACUCCAAAAUUUAGGGCGCGCACAAGCACUGAAGACAGUGAGGCACAGCCCUGAACCUGAACCCCCCCCCUGUCUCUCAGCAGGCAGCCACGCACCCUCCUCAGUCCCCUCACGCACGGCGCCAUCCUUUCCCUCUCAGCCCUCUCGCUGUCUUUCACCAGCCACCGUCACCACUCGCCACCCUGAAAAAAAUUAGUUAGUGAUGAUAAAGAAGAAUGGGAGGAGGAGAUAAUUGUAUUCCUUCACAAAUUACUUAGGAGAACAAAGUAAUGGAUACUGCUAUUGAUACUGCUCCAGCUCCUGAUGCACCACAAUGUUGCUAUUGAUUCUCACCCGGUUUUCACCCGGUGUAAUUGUGGCCUGAAUGUGUAUAGAUUUCACGUAAACAUAAUUUGAUUUUUUUUUUCUCAUUUGCAUCUAAAUAGUUUACAAAAUUGUAAUUUUAACCAUUACCAUAAGCCCUCUUCUGCGCUCUCCCUUCACCACCGUCGCCCCCCGCAGUUCCUCCUCCACAACUGUUGCUUUCCACACUCUGCUUCCGCCCCUCCUCUCCCUCUGCCUCUCCUCUGCUUCUGCCUCUCCCUUCACUCCAUCGUCUUCAAAGUGUGGUCCUCUACUAACUGAAGUUUCCUCAAACCCUAACUAAUCCCCUUCCUACGCUUCUCAUUAGCAUUUGUGAACAGAACCGAACCAAUGGCACAGGAGCCUUCUUCCCCUGGUGGUUCUUUGGGAGUCAAAGCGGUCGACGAAGUUCAAGCUAUGAUUCAAAAGAGUCUCGAACUUCCAAAGGUGAAGCUCUUGAGGCGACGCAUGGCAGAAGCUGGCUGUGCUGUGAAGGACAAUUUUUUCAGAGCUGUUGUUUGCCAAGGAAGGAAAGGCAUGGCUUAUUUUGCUCCUGGUCACGGGAUAUUUGUGUGCAGUAACCAUGUGAGAUUUCAAGAUGAGGUCAACCAGUUGAUAAUUCAUGAGCUAAUUCAUGCAUAUGAUGACUGCCGUGCUGUCAAUUUACAAUGGAAUAAUUGUGCUCACCAAGCUUGUAGUGAGAUACGAGCUGGUCAUUUAAGCGGCGAUUGUCAUUUCAUGCGGGAACUACUUCGUGGUCAUUUCAAAUUGCGAGGGCAUGAACCGGUAUACUUUUACUUUUCUCCUCUGUUAAUACCUAUCAUUUAUUUUUUCUUCCAAUUAAAUCUUCCAAUAGAUUUACAUUCCAAUAGAUUUACAUCUGAGUUCUGUAAAGUCUUCCUCAGAAGCAUUAAUGUCAAAAUUUUAUAAAGUGCACUUGGUGCUGGAGGGGGAUCAGGAAUGCAAAAUAAAUCACUCAAUGUUGCACUUAAA